CCUUCACAUUAUGCCAACCAAUAGCAAUAGCUCACAUGAUGAGCACUUGCGCAUCCAGGCCGCCCGCAACGGCUGACUUGUGUGACGACCACGAGCACCGCCUGCAGGUUGCCGACGGCAAUGCUUUUCACUCUUUUGGACAGCAUUCUUCGUUUUGUGGCGAGAUAGUCACCAUCAAAUGCUUUGAGAACAAUCCAUUGGUGCGAGCCACCCUGAGUGAGCCCGGAGAGGGACGGGUGCUGGUGGUUGACGGAGGGGGUUCCCUACGCCGAGCUUUGUUUGGUGAUAACAUUGCAGCGCUGGCGGUGAAGAACGGAUGGGCGGGCGUCGUCAUUUACGGCGCUAUCCGAGACUCUGCUGUUAUAAACACCAUGCCCUUGGGAGUCAAAGCUCUGGGUACAAAUCCUGUGAAAAGUGCCAAGCAGCAUCCAGGCGACAGAAACGUUGUGGUCACUUUUGCAGGAGUCACCUUCAAGCCUGGACACUACGUGUACUCCGACUCUGACGGCAUAAUCGUGUCCGAGACCCCACUUCACCAGACGUGAUCGAC